GUAUGGAGAGAGGGCAUAGCAUUCAGCUGAGAAUGCCAAUAUUGGCUUCUCUUUGCAUUCUUCUAAUUAUUAUUGAACCAUCGAUCACGGAAGGGCGUUACCUCAAUAGCAAAUCUGACAGAAUUAGCAGUAGCUCUGAUGAUGGAAUUAUCACAAUUCUUAGCAUUGAUGGUGGUGGAGUUAGAGGAAUCAUUCCUGGUACCAUUCUUGGAGCAUUUGAAAAAAUGUUACAGUGUAUUGAUGGUGAAGAUGCGAGGAUCGCGGACUAUUUCGAUGUGGUUGCUGGAACAAGCACAGGAGGGAUUAUAACAAGUUUGCUCACUUACCCAAAUGCAUCCGGUCGACCACUCUAUACUGCAGAGGAUAUAAACACCUUCUAUUUUGAACAUGCCCCUGGUAUCUUUUGGUUAAAUUCAAGUUUGAAUUCCUUAGAGCAAUUGGUGAGGGCGUUUUAUGAACCUGAAUUCAAUGGUACAUACUAUUACAAAGUAGCUGAAGAAAUGAGUGGAGGAAUUAGAAUGAAUGAGACAGUAACCAAUGUGGUUAUCCCAACAUACGAUAUGAAACUUCUUAAACCAACCAUCUUCACCACCACUCAGGCAAAAUUUGAUGAAAAAAUGAAUGCAAAUCUAUCAGAUGUGGUAAUUGGUACAGCAGCAUUUCCACUUGGUUUCCCACCAUAUCACUUCCAGUUUAACACAUCGGAUGGAGAAACUGUGGAAUAUAACCUCUAUGAUGGUGGUCUUGUAGCUGGAAAUCCUACUUUGGUUGCUAUAACUGAAAUGGUAAAGGAGAUGAAGGGCAAUGUGGAUUAUUCAAAGUUUAGAGUUGUCUCACUUGGGACAGGAGCAGAAAAGGUUGAAGGAUAUGAAGCUGACAUUGUGAAGUGGGGGAUUGGUAAUUAUAACAAUUAUUUAGGUCAAUUGAACUCUUCCCUCUCUCAAUCAAUACACUUAACUGACACAGGGCGCAUGGCCGAAUUAUAUGCUCUCAUGCUUUUCCAUUCUCACCCAACCCACUAUCUAAGGAUACAGAUUGACACCUUAAACAGCACUGAAAGUAACAUUUCGAAUACAAGCUGUGCACAUCUUAAGAAUCUUGAGGAAAUUGGGAAAAAACUCUUAAAACAAACUCUUACCAGGUAUGACCCAAGUACUGGUAGGUUUGUAAAAGUUCCUAAUGGUGUCACAACUUGCCAGGCUCUCCUUCAGUUUGCGGAAGAAUUAUCUGUUGAAAGGAAACGGCGCAAAUUAAUUGGCGCGAUAUGA